UCACUCAGACUUGCUCUCCACCCAAAAAGAUCUGGGAUGGAGGUGCAAACGUGAGCCGGGCAAGCCAGGAGUUAGCAAUUCUUUUUCAGCUCAGUUGCUGAGGAAAUAUUGAGUUAGAAGUCCAAUGUGCUAUAAGGAAGUACAUUUUCUUGCUAGCAGAACUAAAACUGCCUUCAGAUCUCUGACAACGUGAAAGUAAUUGAAAGGAAAAGACAACGAUAGGAAGAAAGAGGAAAACAAGAUCUUUUCUUUUUGGCACAGCUUGUAACAGAAAUAUUUGACUUCUUUCCAUGGAACAGGACAACUUUUGGAUCUGAUGCACGUUUCUUUUAAUUUUCCUCCAGUCACAGUAAUUUAUUUAUAGUUAAAUGAAGAGAUCAAAGUGUGAAGCAAGCGAAUACUGCUUAAAGGGUCUGGAAGGAUAUUUUACCAUCACUGACGGAACAGAAUUUCUGAACCUGCAUGGAAUAUGACCCUUUUAAUACAAAAAGUAGCAAAGGAAAACUUAUGAUUGAAAUCUUACGGGAGUUUUAUUUCAGUUGUACUUUUGCCCUUAAACAGACCAUGGAGAAUUUAUUGUCUCUGCUCUGUUGUCAUUAUUCUUUGCUGAUUUUAUUUCAGUACAAAUAUCAGGUGUAUGGAAACUCUUCCCAGCUACCCAAACACCCAGGGUUCAAAGUUCUCGCAUCAGCUUCCCAUUACUGGCCAUUGGAAGAUGUGGAUGGAAUUCAUGAGUUUCGGGAUACGAAUGGAGCUCUAAGAAUCCACAACUUCACUGUGCUUCCUUCCCAUAACUCUACCUUUGUAUAUACCAAUGACUCUGCCUACUCUAACUUCUCUGCAACUGUAGAUAUUGUAGAAGGAAUGGUGAACAAAGGAAUGUACGUUGCUGAAGAGAAAGGAGUUACCUUUCUAGUCUUUGGAAGCUAUCAAAAUUCUUGCAUUAGUAAUCCAGAAGUCUGUGGACCCGAAGGAGUAACGUUUUCCUUUUUCUGGAAGACUCAAGACCAGAAGGCUAAGUUUCUCCCUGCCUCUGGCGGACAAGUCAUUUCCAGUGGUUUCAAAGUCUAUUCAAAUGAAGGUGAAGGCUUAGUGGAAUUUUACACCCAUGGGAAUGCUAAGAUGAAGUGGAAAGCAAGCUUUAGUCCACCAGGUCCUUAUUGGACUCAUAUUCUCUUCACUUGGCAAUCAAGAGAAGGACUGAAAGUCUAUGUCAAUGGAACUCUAAACACAACUGAUCCAGAUGGGAAAGUUUUCUAUGACUAUGGAGACUCCAGUGCAAAUCUACUGACUGGGGCAGAAGGGGAUCAAACUAAGCGCUAUGUGAACGGGGCAUUUGAUGAAUUCAUUAUAUGGGAAAGGGCACUCACCCCCAAUGAAAUUGAGCAGUACUUCACAGCUGCUGUUGGUGUGCAAGUUUUGCUUUCUUCAACACUUCCAUGGUCUGUGGUGACAACCACCUCAAAACCUGUGCUCUCUACAAACGCCUAUCGCUCCGUAAUAACCAAUCUGACCGAGGAGAGAAGGAACUUCCAGUCCCCUGACACCAUGCUGGGCUACCUGGAGAACGUGUCCAUCAGCUUGCCCAACAAAUCCUUGUCAGAAAAUACCGCGCUCAGCCUGACAGAGGCAUUUUUAAAAGCUAUUGAAGACUUUCUGUUAUUCCCCACCUGGAUGGAUGCACCAGAGACUGCUCACAUAUUUGGAAGUUUAAUUCAAACUAUUGACAGUGUAAUGACUCAUAUAACGCACAAUCUGGAUGAAAACACCUUACCUUUAACCGUUGAGGGCACUUCAUCUGUGGCAGAUUACACCUUGGUCAAAAUGCAUCAUCAGACUUUGAAUUUAUCCCACUAUCGAUUUCCAGCUCGAGGACAGAGUUAUAUUUCCAUUCCCAGUGAAGCUUUUCAUGAAAGAGCUUGGAUUACCAUUGUUGGGCUGCUUUACCAUAACAUGCACUACUUUUUUCAUAAUAUCAACCCUAUGGAUACCAAGAUUGCUGAAGCUGCUGCCUACAAAGGUUACAUGAUCUCAGCAACCAGUUACCUUAUCUCUGUCAAAGUUGAACCUCUGCCCAAGUUGUCGCAUAAUCUGUCAGGAUCUCCACUUAUUACCAUCCAGCUCACCCACAAAUUGACUCCCAGGCAAUACAGCCAAGCAUUAAAUAAGAGCAAUAGAGUUCAUCUUUACUGUGCAUUUCUGGACUAUAGCAAUGGCACUGGUGUUUGGUCUAAUGAAGGUUGUGUACGUGAGAGUGGGGACCUCAACUACUCUGUGUGUCUUUGUAACCACCUCACUAACUUCGCCAUUCUGAUGCAAGUGGUGCCUCUGAAGCUAACAAGAGAACACCAGGUGGCCCUCUCCUCCAUCACUUACAUUGGCUGCGCUCUGUCCAUCUUCUGCCUGACAAUUACGCUGGUCACAUUUGCUAUAUUGUCGUCUGUCAGCACCAUUCGCAACCAGCGCUAUCAUAUCCAUGCCAAUCUGUCCUUUGCUGUCUUGGUGGCUCAGAUCCUGCUUCUCACCAGCUUUCAAUUCAGCCCUGGAACAGUGCCUUGCAAAAUCUUGGCUAUUCUCCUUCAUUUCUUCUUUUUGAGUGCUUUUGCAUGGAUGCUGGUGGAAGGAUUUCAUCUUUACAGUAUGGUGAUCAAAGUAUUCGGGUCAGAAGAGAGCAAGCACUUAUAUUAUUACGGAAUUGGAUGGGGCUGCCCACUGGUGAUUUGUGUAAUUUCUGCAAUAUCCUCCCUGGAGAGCUAUGGAGAGAGUGGCAACUGCUGGCUUUCACUAGAGAAUGGAGCAAUCUGGGCUUUUGUGGCACCAGCGUUGUUUGUAAUUCUGGUCAACAUUGGUAUUCUCAUUGCUGUCACAAGAGUUAUUUCAAGAAUCAGUGCGGACAACUAUAAAGUCCACGGAGAUGCCAAUGCCUUCAAACUAACAGCUAAAGCUGUUGCAGUUCUCUUACCAAUCCUGGGAAGCUCAUGGAUCUUUGGGAUUUUGGCUGUCAAUGCUCAUGCAUUAGUAUUUCAGUAUAUAUUUGCUGUUUUCAAUUCAUUACAAGGUUUUUUCAUGUUCCUGUUUCACUGUCUUCUGAAUUCAGAGGUUAGAGCUGCCUUUAAGCACAAAACCAAGGUCUGGUCCCUUACCAGCAGUUCAACUCGCAAUAUCAAUGUGAAACCCUUCAAUUCAGACAUUAUGACUGGGAACAGGCCAGGCACAACCCCCACAAAGCUGAACACCUGGGAUAAAAGCACCAAUUCAGCCAACCGCAUUGAUUUAUCAGCAGUCUGACAGGAAUACCAGCUCCUCAGUGAAAAUCAAGCCAUACAUUCAGGCCCACCAGCUUAUUCUCACUGUUGAUACCAGUAGGAAACUGCUUUUUUAAUCACUACCUAACAAAUUGGAAAUUGCCGUAUUGUUUUGUUGAGCAAAGAGCCCUCAUCUGCUUGCCUUCAACGGUGUGAUCCAUUCUACCACUUGGUACUACCAACAGCUGUAAAAAUAACUAGCACAAAUAUACACUGGAUGGUUUUGUCACCAAUGAUGAAAACACUAGGUACGCAAAGAGGGCUUAUUGCUAUCUGAAUCAUUCCAGCUCCCAGAACCGAGGAAAGGCAACAUACCUCUGGAAAGAUGGAUUUUUGUGCUCUGAAAUGAAAUGCUUCCCAUUGUGAUGUUGUAAUGGGGCUAUUCUGGUCUUGCUGUGCACUCUCUGUUUACAUUUAUUACUUUACAUAAUCCAAUUAUUGAAGUGAAGCCUUUCCAAAAUGCGUAAUGUGGUGAUUAAUUUAAAUGCUCCAAGGAAGCCAGGAGUUGGGGAAGAAGCAGGUUCCAGCUACUUAGCUCCCAGCAUGGCUGUGAAUUGAGCAACGCUAAUAUUCACACGUCUCAAUGCACUUAAACAGCAUAUGUAACAUGUAACGCUCCUAUACGUGGGCUAUUAGUCUGCUAGAUAUUCCUGUUUACAUAGUGCCUACCAAAGAUUAGUUUCUAAGAUUAUCCCCAUAGCAGUCCACAGCAUUUCAAUCACCGAUUGGUGUCUGCUGAUAUAUUGCAAUGCGAAGUGUUCGUAUUGCUUUGCUUGAAGCUUUUGGAUGCAAUCAACAACUGUCCAUCAAGUGCAUUUUGCAAAUGCGCUGUAGCUCUUGGGAAUCAAAACCUGGCACUGUGACUUAUCUUUCUCCUUUUACUGGUCCAAUCGAGACACUGAAUUCCAACCACAGAAAUGUAUCAUAAUGAUAUACUGUGAAGACAGCCAGACUACAAAUAGGUCUAUGUAUUGUUACCUACAGACAUCUUCUAAAUGAGUCUCUGCAGAGACUUUUGUGGUUUUAAACUCUGCUCAGCACUUAAUAGCUUCUGCUUUAGUACUGCUAUGAAGUCUCUUUAAGGAGAAGAAAAACACUGUAAUUUUUCUCUUGACUAGUGUUUCGCAGGUUCUCAGAAGUGAUAUGUGGAGCAUAAGGAAAGUGCAAUCUUAGUAGUGCCAACAAUGCAGCUUUCCAGCUGGGGGACAGCAGACUAUAAGCCCUGGAGGUGAUCAGAGCUCCUAAACAUGUGCCUUGCUCUAGGAUUUUCUCAGCAGCCAGGGUCUCUGGUGCAAUUUCCACAUCAUAGAGUGGCUUUGCAGCCACAUGUCCUUAUCCGCAGUUUGUCCGCAUUUGCAGCGUCUGGCUCCCUAAGAGACCAGGUAUGCUGCUCUGCAGGAACCACCAAGGUAAUUGGCCUUACUGGGCCAUAAAAAUACUACAAAAGGAGGGAAAUAUGCAAAUGUUCAACCUUGUUCUUUGCUAAGAGGUUUUGUGUUUUGCUCUUUUUAUUUUUCUUUUCUCCAUAUUUCCUUCCUGCAAUGAUCUCUCAGUUUGGACCAAUGUUUUCCCCUUUCUCCCCUUCCUGGCCGAGAUUUGUUUGUGUGGUCACCGAAACCCCGCAGUCUGCCCAAGUUGGUCUGUGGCUACAAAUACCAGAUAUAUGCUAGAUUUUUUUCAGCUGGAGCAAAGCAGAAUGUGACAGAUGUCACACACAUACGCGCAGGAAUUAUAUAGGCUUCCAAGCUUGUGUUUCCUAUUGCUAAAUAAUUCAAGCUGUUGACAGCUAACUCGAAGGUGGGUCAGUAAAAGCUAAAUACCUAAAUGGCUAUGUCUUUAUUUUGGCUUUUGUGUAUGGCUUUUCUACAUUGGACUGUCUUACAGCUGUACAAAUAUAUGGGCUUUUCUUGGCCUGAGAAUGAUUGGGGUCUUUUUCCCCUCAAAAGCUACAGUAGAAGGAACCCUCGGAAUGUAUGGAGAUUGUAACAGAACAGUACUGUGAUAACAGAGUUCAGUGUUUGUAUUGUGUGCAGAAAACAUGUUUAACCAUUUUUUUUAUACUGGAGCAUGUCUUUUUUUGUUGUGGUUUUAUUUUUACACUGUGACCAUGGAUAUAGAUGGAAACCCUCCUUGAUCAUUUAUCUUCUGAUCGUUGUAUUAUAGCACAAAAUGUUCCAUGAAUGAACUACAGUACAGAUAAAAGCUUUGUUUAGAAAGAAAAAAAAUAAUAAUCUUAAUUUUAAAGAAUAUUCCACUGUGCACAAUUUUCAUGGCCUGCGAUUCCUCCUCUGCUGGUGUAGAUCAGUGACCUAUGUCACUGCCCAAGGUCUGCUUGAAAAAAAACAUCCAACGUAAAAAUGACAGUACAAAAUGACAGUAGUAUGAAGACCUAAAUCUGUUUUUUAUCCAAGUAUACCAUACUUUAAAUUUCUUCACCCAAAAAUAAGCAUGAAAAUGUUUUGGGUUUUGUACUUUAGAAUGUGACAUAGAUGUAUUAUGUAUUGAGGAAGCAUUUAUUAUCUUGUAUCUGCCGAGAGCCACUGUGGAUAACCUGCAUCCCAGGCUUUAACUUUUGAAAGUUACUUGUGAUGAAGCAGUUUAUCUUGUUGUUUAUGUCACUUGAGGUUAGGAGCUAGAACGCUGUGUUUAUAAUAUGAGGCUGGGGAUGGGGUUUCUUCUGUUUCUGAUAAACUGAUAAACCCCAUAAAGUACAAAUGUGUUCCACUGCCACCUAAGUCCAUUCUUUUUGUUUCAUUCAAUGUAUUUUUGUUGUUAUUGAAUGCAGAAAAUGUACCGAAUAAGAAAUGCUCAAAUGAAUCUUUAAACAAUCUCCUCCUGUCUUUAGUCUUUUGAAGCUUGAAAAUCUUGCAGUUUAUUUAUGGGCUUGUAUAUAGCAGCUAUUGCAAUAUUUUUCUUCAGGACAGCAUAAUUUUGUCAAUGGUAUGAAAUCUUAAUUGAAUGAGAUGUGAGUUUUAAAGUAGGUAAUGUAGCAAGAACAACUUUGCCAGUAAGUAGUAAAAUAAUUUAGUUUUGUUGUUUCCCCCCCCCCAAAUAAAUAAGAAAUCUUAAUUUCCUAGAAGAAUCUUGUAUUUGUGCAAAUUAUUCUUUUGACAUGGGUUAUAAACAACAGCAUAACAGUUUUGGUUCCCUACACGUACUAUCAUUGUGAUUAAACAAGCAGAGCUUUACUCAUACGAGAAGUCCUACUGUGUGCAUCAGGGGCACCAGGUAAUGUGCAGACAAUAUAUAUGUAUUAAAGUUUAAAACCACAGAAUAUAUUGAGAAAAGUCAUUCCCACUCCUUUAAGAAAGAACUAGUUUCUCUCUCGAGCCAGGCAAUGGGUUAUAAUGAAUACAUUACAGAAAUCAUGAUUUUUUUUAACUAAUUCGUAGUGUGCUCAAACUUUAUUACUACUAUACUGAAUAUGAUCAUGUAUACCCAGAAAUGUUACACCUCAAAGAACAAACAGCUCCAAAAACUUGUCAUCAUAGGGGUGCGAUCCUGUAAAUGGCAUGUUUUCAAGGUUAAAGGUAGUUCUAUUAUGAUUAAUAGGCUGCCAACUGCCUCCUUUAUGUUGCAUAUCUGUGUAGCUGUGGUGGGGUAAUGAUGGGAAGUUAAAUAGGAGGGGAACUAUGUGAUGGAGAAUAACUAAAGCAAUUAUACCCUGCAAAAAUAAAGACUGGAAUGUAGAUGAGAAAGGUGUUUCAUCAUCUUUGAGUACCCAUUACAAAGAAAUCUUCCUCCCUUUGUAGCAAAGCAUAUAUAAAAGAAUGCUUUCUUGCUGUUCUGUGAAAUGUAAAGGGUAUUUUUAACAUUUAUCAUUCAUG